AUGAUCCCAGUGAUCCGAAGAGACCGAAGUGGUCAGUCAUCUGGCUCGUCGGAGAGUCUGAGCAGCAGCACAGGAAAAGUGGAGCGUGAGAAGUUCACCGAUGUGGUCGGCAAUCACCGUUACCAGGUCAACAAUCUGCUGGAUAAAUUGUUCAAGCCUCGUGAGCCUUCCAUCAUAGUGAAGGAGGCCUGUGCGAUGGUGGGCCGCGAGCUACAGUACCACGUUGACACUUACAACUGUGAGCACUUUGCUAUCGAGAUGCGAUACGGCAAGGCAGAGUCACGUCAGUUUAAUGGAAAACCAGGAGACCUGAUCGAGAUCAACCGUGGGCCCUAUAAGCAGUGGGCCGUCUACAUCGGAGAGAAUGAAGUGGUUCAUUUCGGUACAGAGGGUGUUCAGUCAUCUGGCUCUUCGGAGAGUCUGAGCAGCAGCAAAGGAAAGGUGAAGUGUGAGAAGUUCACCGAUGUGGUCGGCAAUCACCGUUACCAGGUCAACAAUCUGCUGGAUAAAACGUUCGAGCCUCGUGAGCCUUCCAUCAUAGUGAAGGAGGCCUGUGAGAUGGUGGGCCGCGAGCUACAGUACGACCUUGUCAAAUACAGCUGUGAGCACUUUGCAAUCGAGAUGCGAUACGGCAAGGCAGAGUCUCUGCAGGUGUGUAUCUAA